UAUCAUGCCAGCUUGCUAGUUAGUUAUUUGGCCGCAGAUUUUCACAUAGCUAGCUAACUGGUACAAUUACCAACCGAUUUAGGGCACGUUAGCCCUUAUGCUAACAAGCUAGCUAGUUUUGAUCUGACUCUGAGGUGGACAACAAGAAGGCUUGAGCUUAAUCUCAAAAUGAUAGCUAUGCUAGUUAGUAAACUGAUAGCGAUGCUAGGAAAUUGAAGUUAGUAAUUUAGCUAGCUAGUUGCCUAAUUAGCUAGCUGGCUAACGUUACGUUAGCAAUAACCAUGUCAGUGAACGUUAGCUAGCUACAAUAGCUAGUUAUCAUAUGAACACAAAUCUCCUGAAGCGCCUCACAAAUCAGAUCAUGUUAUUGUUUUCAUUGUGCAGGUUUGAAUGACAACCGGUAUUUCAUGACAGUAACAUUGUCUUGGCCUGAGGUUUUAUGGGUUUUGCAGCGCCACAUUAGACAUUUGAUUACUGCAAUCUUAGUCACUAACUGAAUUCUUGACUCAUUGAAUUCACAUGAGUACAGGUUGCGGAAGUGGUAGACAGGGUUUGGUCUACCUAGCAUACGGAUUGUCAAUGUGCCAUUUCUAUAAUGGAACCAACUAUUUUGGAUCAGGGUUGUUCACUCUGUGAUGUAACUUGUCGAAAUGGCAAGUUAGCCUAACUGGGAGGAAUCAGAUUCUACAAUUGAAUUACUAACAGUUGUAAACUUUAGGUAGAGUGGUGUCACAGGUUGGUGACAAGUGUUCAGCUGGUCAGCAACUCCUGUGUGUUGUGGUCAAUGUAACAAACAGUACGAACAACUCAUCCAGCGUCACCAUGGGCCAGGACAGAGGGAAGUAUGAUUUCUACAUCGGCCUGGGACUAGCCAUCAGCUCCAGCAUCUUCAUAGGAGGAAGCUUCAUCCUCAAGAAGAAAGGACUACUCCGCCUGGCCAGGAAGGGACAGUGCAGUGCGGUGCUGUCCUCAUACUUCCUGACAGAGCGUCUGAACCUGCACGGGAAGCUGGGCUGUCUGCUCAGUAUCUUGGGCUCUACUACCAUGGUGAUCCACGCCCCUCAGGAGGAAGAGAUCAACAGUCUGGACCACAUGGCUCGGAAACUGGUGGACCCAGGUUUCCUGGUGUUUGCCACCUUCGUCAUCAUCGUAGCGCUCAUCUUCAUCUUGGUGGUGGGCCCUCGGCACGGCCAGACCAACAUCAUGGUGUAUAUUACCAUCUGCUCUGUGAUUGGAGCUCUGUCUGUGUCGUGUGUGAAGGGGUUGGGCAUCGCCAUCAAAGAGGCCAUAGCUGGGAGGCCCGUGGUGGGGAACCCUUUAGCCUGGGUGUUACUGCUCGGGCUGGUGGCCUGCGUCUCCACACAGAUCAACUACCUGAARAAGGCUCUGGAUAUCUUCAACACCUCCCUGGUCACACCCAUCUACUACGUGUUUUUCACCACCUCAGUCCUCUCCUGCUCUGCCWUCCUCUUCAAGGAGUGGGAGCACAUGGCCGCUGCUGAUGUUAUCGGGACUCUGAGUGGGUUCCUGACCAUUAUAGUUGGUAUCUUUCUGCUCCAUGCCUUUAAGGACCUUAAUGUGAGCCUGUCCACGCUGGCUGUGUCCAUCAGGAAGGACGAGAGGCCCGGGCCGGCAGCUAACGGAGUGGCAACACACGGCAGCUACGAACUGCUGCACAAUGACUCCACGGAGAGGGACCUGGAGGAGAGGGAGGUGGGCCUGCCGUUUGACAGCCUGUCCAGGAG